AACAAGUAUUUAUUCACACGUCUUACAAGUUUUGCUAGCUGUUUGAUAAGGAAAUUAAGAGAGAGGGUUUUUUUAAAAGCUACCAUACUGUUUGAUAAGAUAAUAUAAUGGCUAUCAAAGAGCUUAUAUUUUCAUAUUUAAAUCAUUUUUCAACAGAAAUGCUACUAAUAUUAAUUCUUACUGCUUUGUUCUGGUGGUAUUCAAAUAAAAAACUUUCGUAUUGGAAGGAUAGAAAUGUUCCUUAUGUGAAGCCACUUCCUUUUUUUGGAUCCCUGAUAGACCUUGCGACAACACCGAUGCAUGUUCUUGAACUAAACAGAUAUUUCUCCUUAGGACCAAUUCACGGUUUUUUUGAAGGUCUUCGUCCCGUUCUAGUAGUUGGUGAUCCAAAACUUAUUAGAGACAUUUUUAUCACGGAUUUCCAGAUUUUUCCGAAUCGAAGAGUUUUUCAAGGUUGCCCUAUUUUGAGCCGAUCUCUUUUAAUAAGUGAAGGAGAUUAUUGGAGAAGAAUUAGGUCAAUCGUCUCUCCCACAUUCACAACAAAAAAGCUUAAAAGAAUUUUGGGCAUAUUCGAAGACUGCUCCAAAACAUUGGUUCAAAAUUUCAAAAUAUCAGCACAGAAAGAAAAACCAUUAUCUGUGAAGAGGAUUUUUAAUGCUUUCGUAUUGGACGUGACUGCAAGUUCUGCUUUUUCUACGAAGAUCGAUUCCCUCAAUGAUUCAAAGAGUGAGUUUGUUCAACAAGUGAACAAGAACUUUGGAAUUAUACAUAAAUCCAAAUUGUGCCUAAUGUUGCUUUUUACUUCCUGGCAUCAUCUUAAAAAUAUUUUCAAGUCAUCAGCUGUUAAUGGAUCUGCUCUACAAUUUUUCAGCGACUUCAUAAAAGAAGUAAUAUCGGAAAGAAAAAGAACUAAACAAACUAGAGACGACUUUCUUCAACUGCUCUUAGAUAUUGAGAAGAAAUCAACCAUUGACAAUGAAAAGGAAUAUGUUGAAAACGAUGAUGAUAUUGAUACUAAUUACGGAGAAAAUAUUUCUGGGCAAAAUAUUUUCCCUGGUGAAUCCCAAAAGAAUCUUACCCACGAAGAACUGGUCUCCCAGUGUGUCACUUUUUUAGUAGCUGCAAAUGACACAACAGCCUCGUUGCUAACCACCACCACACACAUACUGGCUACCAAUGAAAGCAUACAGGAAAAGGCAUAUCAAGAAGUUGCAAAGCAUUUGCAAGAAACAAACGGGAAACUAACAUAUGAAGCUUUGCAAAAAAUGAAAUAUUUGGAUAAUAUCAUGUCGGAGACUCUGAGAUUAUAUCCUCCGGUUAUGAGAGUUUGCCGAAGAGCUGAAAAAGAAUAUAAUCUUGGAGAAACAGGCAUUAACAUUCAAAAAGGUGUGGUAAUUUUGCUUCCCAUUUUGGCUCUUCAUAGGGAUCCAAAGUACUAUCCAGACCCUGAGAAAUUUGAUCCAGACAGAUUUUCUGACGAAGAGGUUGCAAAACGAGAUCCCAACACAUAUCUUCCUUUUGGACAUGGACCAAGGACCUGCAUCGGAAUGAGAUUUGCACAGUUGAGUGCCAAAGUGUGUCUGGUGUACAUUAUUAGCAGCUUUGUUAUCAAGUCAUGCUCCCAAACCAAAAUUCCAAUGGAGCUUCUCAAAGAUUCUUACUUCACAUUACAGGCAAAAGAUGUGACUGUUAAACUGGAAAUUCGAAAUGAUUGCCCAUUAGUUUAAGCUUAAAUGAUGACAAUAACGCUAUGAUUGCUUGGAUUUUGUAGUUCUUUAUCAUUGAACUGUUGUAAUAAAUAAAUUCUACCAGCUA